UACAUAGUCCGUCCUUACACUUUUUCUAUAUAAAAUAUAUUACCGUAGACGACUAGCAGUAGAACUUGUUUUUCAAGUAAUUCCGGUUUUUCUCUUCGUUGAUUCUCUUUGGUUCUAGUCACAAGACAUAGACACUGCGUGCAAUUAUGACUCUAUCGGAAGAUGAAAUUAAUACGCUUUCAAGAAUUCGAAGAACAAUCAUGAAAAUGCUGAAGGACCGGGGUUAUCUUGUUGCAGACUUUGAGAUCAACAUGACAAAAGAGGAGUUCAUUUCCAAGUUUGGUGAGAACGUAAAAAGGGAAGACCUUGCUUUUGCCAAAGCGAAAACAAAUGACAGCUCUGAUCAGAUUCAUGUUUUCUUUCCUGAGGAACCAAAGGUUGGCGUAACAAUGAUCAAGAAUUAUGCCAAACGCAUUAUAGAAGAGAACUUUUCCAGGGCAAUCAUGGUUGUUCAGCAGAAGUUGACUCAAGCAGCUGUAGAAAGUAUGGACAAGUUUUCUCGAGUUCUUCACUUGGAGGUUUUCAAAGAGUAUGAGCUGCUAGUCAAUGUCGCAGAACAUGUUCUCGUUCCUGAUCAUCAGGUGCUUACAGCUGAGGAGAAGAAAACUUUGUUGGAUAGGUAUAAUGUGAAAGAAACACAGCUGCCUCGUGUUCAGGUGCGUGAUCCAAUUGCUCGAUAUUAUGGGAUGAAAAGAGGACAAGUCGUCAAGAUCAUCAGGCCAAGCGAGACUGCAGGCCAAUACGUUACCUACCGAUAUUGUGUAUGAGUACUCUUAUCUGCUCUGGAUUUACUAGAAUCAGUUCUCGAAACCAAGCUUUACUAGAAGUGCUCUAUGGAGUUCAUUCCUAACAAUUCCACACCCAAAAAAAAAAGAACCUCUGAAUUUUGAUUGGGAUGUUAAACCGUUUUUAUUGAUGAUAUUUUGCUGAUACUAGUUCCAGGUCCACAUGCAUACUUAUUUCUAAUAUAGAUCCCUUUUGAGGCAUCUUUUUAUAUGGCAUUAGCAUAGAUUUGGUGUUCUAUGAAAAUCUGGUUUUGUAUCAA